UCCUCUCUUUUCUUUCCCCCCUGGUCGCUCUGUCUGUUCAUGCUGUGGAGGUUGGAGAGAAACAUGAAGUUGCUUCUUGCUGCUGCCCUCAUCGCGGGCUCCGUGAUCUUCCUUCUGUUCCCGGGCGGCUCCGUAGCUGAUGAGAAAAAGAAGGGUCCGAAGGUCACCGUCAAGGUGUAUUUUGACAUCAAAAUUGGUGAUGAAGAGACAGGUCGCAUUGUGAUUGGGCUUUUUGGGAAAACGGUUCCCAAGACAGUAGAAAACUUUGCUGCUUUGGCAACAGGAGAGAAAGGAUACGGUUAUAAAGGCAGCUCAUUCCACCGUGUAAUAAAAGACUUCAUGAUCCAAGGUGGUGACUUCACCAGGGGAGAUGGUACUGGAGGCAAAAGCAUUUAUGGAGACAGAUUCCCAGAUGAGAACUUCAAGCUGAAGCACCACGGUCCUUACUGGUUAAGCAUGGCUAAUGCUGGCAAAGAUACUAACGGUUCACAGUUCUUUAUCACCACUGUCAAGACUCCUUGGCUGGAUGGAAAGCAUGUGGUGUUCGGCAAAGUAUUGGAAGGAGCAGAAGUGGUAAGGAAGAUUGAAUCAACAAAAACUGAUGCCAGAGAUAAACCUCUUAAAGAUGUGGUGAUUGCAGACUGUGGGACGAUCGAGGUGGAGAAGCCAUUUGCCAUUCCCAAAGAGUAACUUUAAAUCGGAGGCUGGGUUCCAGCAUCUUCCUUUUGCUCCACUGGGUCAAAGGUAGUGGACUUUUUCCAGAGACCUAUCAGCUCUGUCCUUGUUGCUCCUAGAGUAAUAAAGGGCGGUAAAGCCACAUGCUGUCAGGGGCUUCUGGUACAUCUUAUGGGCUGCUUAAUGAGUCCUGAAAUAAGAGCGGUCAAAUUUAAUUAAUCUGCAAAAGUGACCAAAAAGACUCUCUUACAUGUGUCAUUAUCAAAUUGGCUUACACAUUCCGCCUACUAAAUAUUCAAUGUGUUCAAAUUGGAGACAAAUUUACACCGUAUGUAAAUCUGAAUAAAAAAAAACAAUUUUUAUAAAACUA